AUGCAAGCACGUGGUGCACCGGCUCCACCGAUCAAGGGUGUACCCAUUCUCUUGUUCGCAGGCAUAACAGUAAGCGAAGAAGACGAUGCCUUCGUUCGCUGGGUGCUCCAUGUACGUCGCCUCAGCAAUAUGUUUGCUUUAAGGGCUAGUGCCAAUGUGGCUGAUGUGCGUCUCGAACGCAAGCUUCGGUAUGACAAAGCCAAGCUUAAGGCCAGAGGCCAAUUGCGCAAGGGCACGCGCUAUGCUUCGGCUACUACGGUAGCCGCGAGUACUGGUCAGUCUGUGACCAAAAACCCGCCAACCCAAACCGCUAGUGGUGGCAAAAAACGUUGGUCUCGAGAUGACCAUGACCACGAUGCUCGAAAGCAUCCAAAGCAUAAGGGCAGUCUUGCCGAAGCAGUAUCUCAAACUACCAUGAGUUUUCAGACUCAGGGUACCCUCUCCACUUUACCAGAUACUGGUAUUGGCCCUGAAGACGACGUCGUUUCAGUAGUCUCUAGACAUGAAAUUGACGACACCCAUGCUCAUCGAGCAAAGUCGGUGGCGGCCGGUGUACCGGUGGAGGCCCACGAGAAAUUCGUGGGCCUCCACCGGUACACCGGCUGCCCGAAGUAA